UUCCUCUCCGCCUUCCUCCUUCUCUCUGCAGGCCACAUAGGACUCCUCUCAGUCCUUAAGCUGAGCUGAAGCUUGGCUAUUAAACACUCCCCAGCAGUCAGCAUUAUUUUUCUUUCCCUGGCUGUCAAAAGGCUUGCACUGACGGACAAGACAGACAGAGGAAAGCUAGAAAGAGGAAGGGAUGGGGGAACAAAGAUUUCCCAGGAACAUCCCACACCUGCACAACAGAGAGGAAAAAUCUUCAGAGACCAAUGUGGUGACAGAGAAGUCAGCGAGUCCAUCUGUGGCACAGCUUGCUGGAAAAUUCCAAGACCAAUCAUCAGUCUCUGGAAAGGAGAUACCACUUGCUAAACCAACCCGUAGAAAACCACCAUGUUCCCUUCCUCUCCACAUACCCAAAGCAGAGCCUGGCCAAAAUGGUGAGCUAAAGCCAUCUCCAAAUGCUCCUCAGCCUUUGAAGAUAAAGGUCAAAAGUUCUCCCAUGAUUGAAAAACUUCAGGCCAAUCUUGCAUUUGCUCCAGCUUCUCUGCUGCCAGGGGCCAGUCCCAAAAGUCCAGGCCUAAAAGCAAUGGUUUCUCCAUUUAGCAGCCCACCAUCCACUCCAGUCACCCCACAUUCGCAUUCAAGUGAAUCAGAUGAAAUACCAGUGAGCUUUGAUCAGCCACCAGAGGGCAGUCAUCUCCAAUUUUAUAACAAGGUACGAACACGAGGAUCAAUCAAACGCAGACCACCCUCCAGAAGGUUCCGAAAGUCGCAGACAGAAUAUGGAGAUGAGCUAGAUUCAGGAGUGGCAGCUUCUCAUCAAGAAAAUGGUGCCAAGGAGAAUAACGAGGAGGAGAGUGUGUUUGAUGACAAGAGCAAGGCUACAAAACCAUCGCCGCCCAUAGCAGAUGGCACAGACGACCAUGAGAAACAAAGCCAGGUAGUAUCUGAUAAAGCCUCCCCCUCCAAUCUGUCCAAUAGACCAGAGCACAGAGAGAAAGGAGAAGGGACUGAAGUAGUGACAUUACGCAAGGACACCAAAGAAGAGAAACCUCACCCAAAACUUCCAGAGAAAAAACAACUUGAGGAAAUCAAAGUGGACAAAGAGAAGCCUCAAACUUUUGAUGCUGCAGAGAACACAAAGAGACGGUCACAGCAGAACAUUUUGGGGGAUAGGGAAGAUGGUGAUACUUCUAACCAGGAAAAUAAAAUAGAUGCGAAAGAUAAAUUAUGUGAGAAAGAAGAUGCACAGCAAGUGUCAGAGACACAAGAAACUGGGACUCCAUUGCCAGAAGGAAACACAGAAACUCCUACAAGCUCCAGAGUGUGAUAUCAAGCCAGUAUAGUUACUGCAUAGAAAUGGGAAAUGAAGGAUAGUGUUGAAUGUCCAAUAUACACUGCUUGCUCCUGAUUGAACAAAAGUUCCUCCUUAACUGAAAAUCCCAAGAAUAUCAAUGUUGUCUUUUUUACUUUGGCAGUUCUGAAGCUUGUCUUGCAGCAAAUAUGGCCAUCUUUAACCAAAGACAGCCUUCUGUGUACUAAGCUAUCUAAGCUUCUGACACAUUAGGAUGGUGACACACCAAGAAGGAUGGCAAAGAAAAUAAUUCCAUGUGGACUUUAGGAACUCAGUUGUUCCAAGGAUUUUUCAAGAGGACCUAGUUAUAAUACAUAUCAGUUAAUUUUUUUUAUUAAAGUUGACAUUUCCAAA